AUGCGGAUGAGGCGUCCCUUUCCCGCCGAGGAGGCUUUCCUGCUGGUGGCGACCGCCUACGAGACUCUCAAGGAUGAAGAAACACGGAAAGAUUAUGACUACAUGCUGGAUCACCCCGAAGAAUACUACAGCCAUUACUACCACUACUAUAGCAGACGCCUAGCUCCUAAAGUGGAUGUUAGGGUAGUGAUUUUGGUCAGUGUGUGUGCUAUUUCAGUGUUUCAGUUUUUCAGCUGGUGGAAUAGCUACAAUAAGGCAAUUAGCUACCUAGCCACAGUGCCAAAGUACCGUAUCCAAGCAACAGAGAUCGCCAUACAGCAGGGACUGCUCAAGAAAGCCAAAGAAAAAGGCAGAAACAAGAAGUCCAAAGAAGAAAUUCGUGACAAGGAGGAGAACAUCAUAAAGAACAUUAUAAAAAGUAAAAUAGACAUAAAGGGAGGCUACCAGAAACCCCAAAUACAUGAUCUUCUCCUGUUUCAAAUUAUCUUAGCUCCUUUUCACAUGUGCUCAUAUAUAGUCUGGUAUUGCCAUUGGAUUUAUAAUUUUAACAUCAAAGGCAAAGAAUAUGGGGAAGAAGAGAGACUGUAUCUCAUACGUAAAUCUAUGAAGAUGUCAAAGUCUCAGUUUGAUAGUCUAGAAGAUCAUCAGAAAGAAACUUUUCUUAAACGGGAGCUCUGGAUAAAGGAGAACUAUGAGGUUUACAAACAAGAACAAGAAGAAGAAUUAAAGAAAAAAUUGGCAAAUGACCCUAGAUGGAAGAGAUACAGGAGAUGGAUGAAGAAUGAAGGGCCUGGACGGUUAACAUUUGUGGACGAUUGAAGAUUGAUGGAAUGCUACAAUGCCAAACUUUAAUUUGAUAUUAUUUUUCAUAACUGAAUUAUUUUAGAAAUGUAUCAACUGCUCAUCGGCAGUAACUUAUAAUUCCAGAAGUAUUUGAUUAAACAGAAUAAUGCAGAAAUUUCAACUUUCACUUAAAACUUUAUACAUAAAACAUUUAUGAUUGUUCAAUUUUUAUAAUGUAUUUAUGGAUUUUGUUAAAAGAUUUGACAUAAAA